AUGACUUUGAGCAAUACAGAAUCUACAACACCAUCUUCAGUAACAGUUACACCAGCAACUGGUACAAAAGCAACUAUCAAUACUGGAAUCAAAGUGACUAUUGGUCACCAUUGGAGUGGUGGUUUCAAAGGAGACUUUUGUAUCCCUGUUUCACAAGAACUAAAGGCUUGGAAAGCUCAUUUGGUUUUUGAUGUAUCUUUAAGUACUCUAGAGGUAUGGGUAGCCGACCUAGUGGAAACUAAACAAGGUGGUAAGGAGUUUGUAUUGGCUAAUAAACCCUGGAAUGGAGUAGAACAUGUUGGUGAUAAGAUCUGUGUAGCGUUCUUGGGACAUGGUGAGGGCGACAUCACACCAACAGCUACUGUCACUAUCGAAGGAAUGGUCGUAACACAGCCACCAACGUUCGGACCAGAUUAUACGGGAACAAGUAGGUCUGCACAGGACUGUACAAAAUAUAACUAUGAUGAUGUGUUGAGGAAGUCAAUAUUGUUCUAUGAAGCUCAGCGUUCGGGAAAACUGCCAGCCAAUAAUAGGAUCCCAUGGCGUGGUGAUUCAGGCUUAAAGGACGGUAGUGAUGUUGGUGUGGAUUUAACUGGUGGAUGGUAUGACGCUGGUGACCAUGUUAAGUUUGGAUUUCCUAUGGCCUAUUCCACUGCCAUAUUGGCAUUGGGAUUACUACAGUGGGGUGAUGCUUAUAAAGCUAGUAAACAAGAAGAUCAUAUGUAUGACUGUAUUAAAUGGCCAUUAGAUUAUUUUCUGAAGGCUCAUGUCAGUAAAUAUGAGCUUUAUGUUCAGGUGGGAGAUGGUGGUGCAGAUCAUGGGUUCUGGGGCAGGCCCGAGGAGAUGAAAAUGAGGAGACCUUCUUAUAAGAUUGAUGCUAGUCAUCCUGGAAGCGACGUAGCUGGAGAAACCUGCGCUGCCUUUGCUGCUGGUUAUCUUGCUUUUAAAGAAAGAGACCCUAAAUAUGCGGCUCAAUUAAAACAACAUGCUAUGGACCUGUAUGAUUUUGGAAUGAAACAUCAAGGGCGAUAUACCGAUACCAUUUCCGCUGCUUCCGGCUAUUACAGAUCUGGAAACAUGACAGAUGAACUUUGUUGGUCGUCACUCUGGAUGUAUGCUAUCACUAAUGAGACUAAGUAUCUGACUGAAGCUGAAAAAUGGUUCCAACCUGGUCCUUCUUGGGGAAUGUCAUGGGAUGACACUCAAGCGAUUAAUCAGGUGCUGCUAUAUAAAUAUACAAAGAAAGACAUUUACAGACAAGCAGUUAUUGAUACAUUUAACUAUUGGAUGCCUGGUGGAACUAUUAAAUAUACACCCAAAGGCUUAGCUUGGAGAUUAGAAUGGGGCUCUCUACGUUAUUCAUCUAAUAUGGCAAUGGUUGCUUUGAUUGCGGCUGAAAAUGGUAUCAACCCUGAGAAAUAUAGGAAAUGGGCCAUGUCUCAGAUACAUUAUGCAUUAGGUGAUACUGGAUUAAGUUAUGUUAUAGGUUUUGGUGAUAAAUAUCCUUUGAGACCGCAUCAUAGAUCAGCAUCUUGUCCAUGGCCACCAGCUCCAUGCUCACCUAAUGUAGUUCACAGACCACAAGCAAGUGUGCACACUCUUUAUGGUGCUCUUGUUGGAGGUCCAGGAUCUGGUGAUCAAUAUAAAGAUGAGAGGGGGAAUUAUGUAAAUAAUGAGGUAGCUACAGAUUAUAAUGCUGCUUUCCAAGGCGCAGUAGCUGGUAUGUUAUAUUAUUUUCUCUGA